GAAAAAUGUGGUAGAGGAUAUCAUCUUUAGCGCAUUGGAAGAUAACCUGACACAAUUACUUCAGAAAUGCUCAAAAUGCCACCAUCACAAACUUUUUUUGUGUCUCUCUUUUCUAACAAAACUGUCCAACUCGGAUUUCCAUGUUAAUAUGUGAGCAGGAUAAUCCAGCCAUGCAUCUGAAUGAGACUGGAGGUCAAGCGAUGGCUUCAGAGCCAUGUGAGACGCAGAUACUACAGGAGGACAGCUUUGGAAACUGUAGCGGAGGCUCCACCAGCAACCUGUCUCUGCACUGCUGGCUGCAGCUCCUUUCUAAGGAAUCUAUCAUGGAGUUUCAAGGAGAUAGCUCCAGUCUGGUGGUGCGUAUGAUGAUAGCUUGUGUCUACUCCAUAGUGUGUGCAUUGGGGCUGGUAGGAAACUCACUAGCUUUGUAUCUGCUGCACUCACGUUACAGGGAGAAGCAAUCAUCAAUCAACUGCUUUGUGAUGGGACUGGCUAUCACUGACCUGCAGUUUGUGCUGACGUUGCCGUUCUGGGCGGUGGACACAGCAUUGGACUUUCGCUGGCCAUUUGGCCGUGUGAUGUGCAAAAUCAUCAGCUCUGUCACCACCAUGAACAUGUACGCCAGUGUAUACUUCCUCACAGCCAUGAGCGUGGCACGUUAUUACUCUAUCUCCUCUGCGAUGAAGAUGCACAGCCGGCGUGCUGCAGCCACCAGAGCAAAGUGGACGAGCCUGGGCAUCUGGACUGUGUCUCUGCUUGCAACUUUGCCUCAUGCCAUUUACUCCACCAGCUUCCAAGUUUCAGAUGAGGAGCUUUGCCUGGUGCGCUUUCCAGACUCAGGCACCUGGGAUCCACAGAUUCUUUUGGGUCUCUACCAGCUGCAGAAGGUCCUGCUGGGCUUCCUUAUCCCUCUGAUCAUUAUUACUGUCUGCUACCUGCUGCUUGUGCGCUUCCUCCUCAGCCGGCGCAUCGCAGGUGCCGGGGGCCCAGAGGUCGAGCAGGGCCGUCAAAUGCGUCGCUCUAAAGUGACCAAAUCCAUUGUGAUCGUAGUUCUAUCCUUCUUUCUGUGCUGGCUUCCUAACCAGGCGCUGACUCUGUGGGGAGUGCUCAUAAAGUUUGACCUUGUGCCCUUCAGCAAGGCCUUCUACAACGCACAGGCCUAUGCUUUCCCCCUGACUGUGUGUUUGGCACACACCAACAGCUGCCUGAACCCUGUGCUCUACUGCUUGAUCCGCAGAGAGUUUCGUGCAGGUCUCAAGGAACUUCUCCUCCACGCCACGCCGUCAUUCAGGAGCCUGACUCAGCUGCUGCGUCGCAAAGCCAAAGUGGCUGAGGCACCACCUGUUCUGGUGCUGGUCCAAAUGGAUGUCUGAUAAGCUUACUGUGACAGAAGAGUAAAUGACUAGAAAAUAAGUGAAAGCUGCCUACAGUACAAUUGAUCUGGAGUUUUUACCAUGACGUUUCAUCCAUCUCAACCCUGUCAGUGUUGACUCCCCAAUGGGAUGUGCCCCAUUUUUGCUGCUUGUUACAAGAUUGACUCAGAAAAUAUUUGUACUUGUCUCUAUAAUGAUCUCUGUCUUACUCUGCCUGCCUCUGACUGGCAUUAUGCGUGUUGCUCUCUGGUAUUUUGUCAUGCGCAUAGACGUCAAUCAGAAAUGGCUUUUAUAUCAUGGCUCAUCACUGAGUUGCAAUUGGCAAGUUAAAACUAAUUUGAGAAAUUGGUUAUAUUAAACACAGGUACAGCAAACUUGCACUCAAUAUUAUCUUUUGCAAUAGUUGUUGCAUUUGGGAUUUUGCUGUCCCAUUGACAACCAUGAAACUGCUGCUUGUGCAUUGGUGGGUUUAAUUGCAUCAACACGGGACACUAGAGGUUUUCUCGAGACAAUUGCCAAUCAAAUUAAGUUGCUUGACUCGACAUCACAAACAAAUGUGUAAAUGAUUAAACUCAAAACAUCCAGAUGAACCUGACAUCUAACUGUAUUGUAUCUCAAUUCAUCCAAAAAUAACGUGAAUGAAAACCCAAACUAUGUUUGUAGUUUACUUUCAAAAGGUCUUGUCUCGAUAAACCACAGAUUUGAUCCUCACAAUGCAUGAGAUAACUUCCCAGAUUAAACACUCUGACUGACCAAGAUGUUUUAGACCCGCAGUAACCUGCUGUGUUUUUUCUAUCUUUCAACUGUGCUCAGCGUUUCAUACAGUAAAAGCCAACUAGGGAAACCUAACCUAACCAAGUCAUUUUAAAAACAUUACAGAUUAUUUGUUACAUUAGAAACAACUAUAUGGCAGUGUCAUUGAUAAGCCUUACCUUCUAUAUUUUUUGAACUGUGAGAAAAAUGACAAGGUUAAGCAAUGUAAAUCAUCUGUGCUGUUUAUGACGUAGUACAAAAUAUAUCUGUUAGCUGCAUUGCCUUGGGGGGGGGAGUUAUGUCUGAAAUGUUCUGUUGUUUUUUCAAGGCAAGAAGAUACAUAUUACAGUAAAAUCAGUGUUGUCUUUGAGAAUCAAGAGGUGAAGUGCUUCAAAUGCGAUUUAUACUCACGCAUGAGCUGAGCACCUGUACUGUAUUGUAUGCACACUAUAUUUAUGCUCACUGUUUCAUACACACACACACACACACAGACACAGACACACACACACACACACACACACACACACACACACACACACACACACACACACACACACACACAUGCAACAUAUAUGGGUGCAGUAUUCUCUUAGCUCUUUAUGUGUCGGAUGAAUAACAUGCUGAAUAAUUCAGAACAUACCUCACAUUUGCAAAUGUAUGUACAGUAUCUGUGCAGCAUGUUAAUUUAUACACCACUCACCAGGAACAGUCAACCAGC